AGGUGACCUUGGAUCUUAUCAACUGCUUUGUUUGUGGCUGCUCUCAGAGGCAUCCUCAAGUGUUUUGCACGUUGAGGUUUUGCUCGAUCCUCUAAUUACGUUCCAGGUGGGUCGUCUUUGGACUGGUGACCUGUUUAACCUGGUGAUUGAUAAGAACGAGCUGCUGAAAGAAAAUCUGUUUUAGUUGUAUACUUGAAGUUCUCAUUUCACUAGAUUCUCAUCUCACUAGAUUUCAGGUAUUGGUUUUUCAGAUGUAAAUGCAAACCUGCAAGCUGUGCGCCGAGGAGAAAGGAGGUUUCAGUUACUCUUCAGCAUCUAGCAAAUGCAUCUUGGAGAAAAAAAAAGGACUUUCCUGUUCAUUCACUGACACUUAUGGUAACUAAAGUGAAGAACAGCAAGAGCUUUCCUGAUUUUUUUCCAUCAGUACUAAAGAAACAUCCAGACUGUACGGUCCUUUGCAAAGCUGUGUGACAUUAUUGAAAACAUUGAACAGUUGUCCGUUAGCUAUUUCUUAAUGGAAACGGGAACCCUGAGCACUGCAGUGAACGGGCUGACAGUUUUGUUUGGCUUUAAUACUGUGCCUUAGUAGUACCAAUGCUUAACAAGUUACAGCAGAUCAGUUGGGAGUCAGUGAUGUUAACUGAGGCCACAAGACCUAUUGCUGUCAUGGAAGAAAGCUGCUGCUGCCAAGGUCUGGGUUAAUCCGAACACUGGUAGCGAGAAGCCCUCGGUCUUCUGACAUAAAAAUGAAGCUUUGCCGAUCUUGUGCUCCCAUGUCAGGAUGCCGGGAGGUGACUUGUCUUCUGUAGCAGCAUAUACUGGGCUUCCACCUAUACUUAAAAUAGUGUUAGUACCCUCAGAUAUACCCUCGUGUGCUGUAGUAAGACAUGACAUGUGUAUGGCACCUGAUGGAACUGUAUCCUGGUGAGAUCUUACGAUAUAAUAGGUGAUAUGCAAAAUAUCUGGUAUUCCUGUAGGAAUGGGAGUUAUAUGGAAGAGGAGGAGGAGAGAGUAGGUUAACACUGACUGCUGACUCGCUGGAAGCUUUUGGAAAAUGGCCUCUCCGUUCGCUGGGCCCACAGCAGUUGCUGAUGUAAUUAAAGAUCUAGACACUCAGAUAGCUUUGAUUGGCUUGGGUCCCAACAACCCCAAGAAGAAGCAAGACCUAGAGAAGCUUUAUGAUCUAAAAGCUAAAGCCCAACAGAUUAUGAACCAGUUUGGCCCAUCUACCUUGAUCAACCUCUCCAACUUCUCCUCGAUAAAGCCAGAACCAGCCAGCACUCCCCCGCAGAGCUCCAUGGCGAACAGCACCACCGUGGCAAAGAUGCCUGGGACGCCCAGCGGAGGAGGGCGGCUCAGUCCUGAAAGCAACCAGGUUUUAACCAAGAAGAAACUGCAGGACCUGGUGCGUGAGGUGGAUCCGAACGAGCAGCUGGAUGAAGAUGUGGAGGAAAUGCUGUUGCAGAUCGCCGAUGAUUUCAUAGAGAGCGUGGUGACGGCUGCCUGCCAGCUUGCACGGCAUCGCAAAUCAAACACUCUGGAAGUGAAAGAUGUCCAGUUGCAUCUUGAACGUCAGUGGAACAUGUGGAUCCCGGGCUUUGGUUCUGAAGAAAUCAGGCCCUACAAAAAAGCCUGCACUACAGAAGCUCACAAACAGAGAAUGGCAUUGAUCCGCAAAACCACCAAGAAAUAGCCCCUGGGAAGAGUUGGGAGAUGACACCAGUGCAUUUUGGGAUAUCUGCCUCUCCGCUGAAGCCUCCACGAUGCCAUCCAUGGGAUAUUUUUUUUAAUGCUUACAGAGAAGCAUAUAUUUUUUAUUAACGGUGCAGCAAUAUCUGACUUUAUGAGGAGAUCUGCCAAAAACAUUCUACGCCCCCUUCCUCAUGCCCCCUAAGAGCGCAACAUAUCUCAAAACAAAGACUUUUAUUUGUGACUUGAAAGUGGUUUAUCGUAUAAGUGAUUAUCCAAGGGACAGAGCAUUUGAUCUUGUGUGGGACAGUAUUAGAAGCAUCUGUAGAGGUUUUUGUUUCCUCCUUCCCGCCCCUACCUGUUCCAGUACUUUGUAAUGUCAGUGUUUAUAUAAAUACUUGCGUUUGUUUUACAUGAAUAAAGAAAUUAUUAAUCUAAAA